AUGUCUACAAAAGCCGACACUCUACCUGCCAGCCAAGGCGAGCCCAUCACAGCCUCAGCCUCGCCCGUCGAAGCCCUCCCAAAAGGAACAAAGCGUAAACGGUCCAGGACAGCAGACGUUUCGAAGUCAUCAAACGUGUCAGAAGGCGCUCCUGGCCCGGCACCUCCCAAGCCCUCUCCCAACAAGCGACGCAGGAAAGACUCCCCGCUCGCUGCAGCAGAUGAAGCUAUCCAUCAAAGCCAGCCCGAAGACGAGAUAGAGACUCAGAAGAAACGCAAGCAGGCAGAAAAGGCUGCCCUCAGAGCUUCCAAGGCUCAAGAAAAGGCCUCGAAGAAACUCCUCGAAGCAGCAGAGAAGAAGCGCAAGCGUGAAGAACGAGCCGCGCUAAAGGCUAUCAGAGAGGAAAGGAAGAAAGCAGAAGAGGCAGAGAAGAAGAUAAAGCGCGAGCAACGCGCGCAGAAGAAGACUUGGAAGAAAGACUGGGAGGCCUUCGUCGAAGCGCACGAUGUGCAUGGCGAGACAGUAGAUUGGGCGGAGGACGAGGAAAAGGAGGGCAUCACGCAGACGGACGCGGGGAAGGUGUACGGGCUGAAAGCGAGCGAGUUAGUCUGUUUGAAACAUCACCCGAGGUUCAAUUUCAAGUUUGGCAAUACGACGAAGUUGUUUGAUGAGGAGGAGGUGAGGAGGAUGGCUUGGCGCAAGGUUGCUAUGCUGGCUGGGGUGCAGGGCGGCGGGACGGCAGAGGAAGAGGAUGCGUUGAUUGCAAAGGGAAAAAAGAUGUGGGAGGAUGGGUGA